AUGCCGCCAUCCAGUGGGAACCUUGAUCAGAGAAGCGGUAAGCGCAAAUUGAGCGCCAAAAGGAAGCUUUCUGAUCAAGGGGAGCCCUCGCAGCCGCAGUCUCAGAAAACCAUCUCUGAGCUGCUAUCGAAGAAUAAACACUCACACGAAUCCCUGCCUCCAUCCUCCUCCCCAAUCUCGAAGCGGUCCCGCAUUUCCGUCUCCCCAUCGCGCCCUUCCCCAGCUCUCUCAGUCUCUCCAACCAAGAUGUAUAACUUCUCUGGAUCCCCGCCUAAGAAUGGCAACGCCUUCGUCCGUACCAUCCCUGGGCUCAACGCGUCGGCUAAAACCCAGCCCUUUAGCGCAAAUAACACCCGCCAAACAAAUUUUAAUCCGAACGUCGGCGCCAAAAAGCUUGUCGUUAAGAAUCUGCGAACGGGUCCUAGGGCAAAUCAUGAACCUUACUUCGAUAAGAUAUGGGCACAACUUGAUGGUGCUUUAACGGAUAUUUUUGAGGGCAAGCAACCUGGUGUUUCGUUGGAGGAGCUUUACAAGGGUGCGGAGAAUAUAUGUCGACAGGAUCGGGCGACUUUGCUGGCGAAGAAGGUCCAGGAUAGGUGCAUGGGGUAUGUUUCUGGGAAACUACGUGAUCAUCUAGUCACAAGGACUGGUGGUGGAAACGAUGUCGAUAAAUUGCGGGCGGUGAUUGAUGCGUGGUCCUCAUGGCAUUCAAAACUAAUAACUGUUCGCUGGGUCUUCUAUUAUCUGGACCAGUCAUUCCUCCUACACUCGAAGGACUUCCCGGUCAUCCACGAAAUGGGCCUCGCUCAAUUCCGAUCCUAUAUUUUCGCUGACGAAAGCCUCAAGCCUAAGGUCUUACAAGGCGCUUGUGACCUCAUUUCCGUUGAUCGGGGCGUAGAGACUCGACUCAUUCUAGACAACAGUCUCCUUCGGUCUGCCAUGGAGCUUUUUCACAAUCUCGAUGUGUAUAACAGCGAUUUCGAGCCAUUAUUUAUUUCCAACACAGAAAGCUUUGUCAAAUCAUGGGCCGCCGAGGAGUCUGAGAAGCCACUUGCUUCAUACGUCGAACAUAGCCACCAAUUGAUCGAACGCGAAGUGGCUCGCUGUGGACUUUUCUCUCUGAAUCGCAGUACGAAACAGAAGCUGUCUGAGCUCUUGGACCAAACCCUGGUAACAAAGCAUGAGGACGUUCUUCUCAAACAAAAUGAGGUGAUAGGCUUGAUGCGAUCAGGGAACAAGACAGCUUUAAAACAGCUCUAUGGCUUACUCAAUCGAAGACUUCUUGCAGCGAACCUUAAGCCAGCUUUCAGCGCCUUCAUCAAGGAGGAAGGCUCUGCCAUCGUAUUCGACGAGGAAAGCGAAGCGGACAUGGUCACUCGCUUACUUCAGUUCAAGCAACAACUUGAUGAUACAUGGAAGGAAUCUUUCAAUUCGGAUACAGUUUUGGGUAACGCUCUUCGUGAUUCGUUUAGCCACUUCAUGAACCUGGGCAAGAAGUCACAAUCUGCUGGUGGCACCGAUAAUCCUAAGACCGGCGAAAUGAUUGCCAAAUAUGUCGAUCGGUUGUUGAAGGGUGGUCUCAAGGCGCUACCAUCGGGCCCAUCGGAUGCUCCUCUAGAUGACUCGUUCUCUGAAGUGCGACGCCAACUCGACCAAGUGCUAGAUCUGUUCCGAUUUGUGCAAGGAAAGGCGGUCUUUGAAGCAUUCUACAAGAAUGAUCUUGCCCGACGUCUAUUGAUGAACCGGAGUGCAAGUGACGAGGCCGAGAAGGAGAUGCUUGUCCUUUUGAGGAAAGAAUGCGGUUCCAGCUUUACCCAUAAUCUCGAAUCAAUGUUCAAGGAUAUGGAUGUUGCACGCGAUGAAAUGACUGCUUAUAAUAACAUGCAAAAGCAGCUUGGUCGUGAAAAACGACCUUCCCUGGAUUUGAAUGUCAGCGUUCUUUCUGCCGCAUCAUGGCCGACAUACCCCGAUGUCCCUGUGCGGAUGCCACCGAGCGUAAUGAACGCACUCCGCACAUUCGAGACAUUUUACAGCAACAAACAUACCGGUCGGAAGCUCACCUGGAAGCAUCAACUGGCGCAUUGUCAGAUCCGUGCUCGAUUCCCGAAGGGCCAGAAAGAACUGGUAGUCAGCUCCCUCCAAGCAGUUGUUCUACUUCUGUUCAACGAUGUCGAAGAUGGGGAGGCUCUGCGCUAUACAGAUAUCAAGGAUAGGACAGGACUAUCGGACCCGGAGUUGAAACGAACCCUCCAGUCACUAGCAUGUGCCAAGUAUCGGGUAUUGGGCAAGAAUCCCAAGGGCAAGGAUGUCAACGCGACCGAUGAGUUCUUGUAUAAUGCUGGGUUCACCGAUGCGAAGAUGCGGAUUAAGAUCAACCAAGUCCAGCUGAAGGAGACCAAGGAGGAGAACAAAACCACACACGAGCGGGUAGCGGCAGAUCGACAUUACGAGACUCAGGCGGCUAUUGUCCGCAUUAUGAAGAGUCGCAAGACAAUCACCCACUCCGAGUUGAUUGUUGAAGUUAUCGAAGCCACCCGUAGCCGGGGUACUCUUCAACCUGCCGACAUCAAAACUAAUAUUGAAAAAUUGAUUGAGCGGGAUUACAUGGAACGACCGGAUGACAGCCAGAAUACAUACAGAUAUGUGGCAUAG